GCUCUAGCAGGCAAGUUGGGUGGACGGUCGUUUCUCCGUGAAGAGUAUUGUUAAGUUUUCAUUUACGUUCACCGGAUUCUCUGCCAUCCGCGAUCAAAUUCACAGCGACCAGUGAACGGGGAUAAGGAUCAUCGGAGGCGUAUUAUCGCUCCCCGCGCCAAGUGACUCUUGGACCCGAGUGAAAAUAUCGCGAAUAAAUCAGCAACCCCUUCGACUGUCUUCUCGUGACAGUGUCGAGAAGGAGAGAUCGUACUUCUUCGGCGAGUUUUGUACCUCGCUCGAGGCUCCGGGUGCCGAAUUAAUCGGCCCGGGCCCCGCUAUGAAUGAACAGAGGGUAACGGGACCAUGUGUGAUCCAUGGAGAUGAUCAGUGAUCCGAGUUUCGUAGUAGGCACCAAGCACCAGCAGUGAAGUGUCGGAUUUGAAUUUGGCUCGUCUCGUGAUUGUGCCCGGCCGUUGAGAUUUAUUCGACCGACGAAAACGGAGAUUAGGAUGGAGUUCGAGCUCGAUGGAAGCCUGAAGGAAUGGGCCAAGGAUAAACCGUUGAGCAUCCUGCAGCUGGAUCCAGCUGAUAGGGCCGUUCUCAGGAUAGCCGACGAACGAGAUGCCAUACAAAAGAAGACCUUCACGAAAUGGGUGAACAAACAUUUGAAAAAGACUUACACGUGUCUCCACGUGUGCGUCAUCGUGAACAAUCAACCAUGCUGUUCCCCCACUGCAAGCAGGCACGUUGGAGACCUGUUCGAAGACCUUCGAGAUGGACACAAUCUCAUUUCCCUCCUGGAGGUGCUUUCAGGCGAGCACCUCCCGAGGGAAAGGGGAAGAAUGCGUUUUCAUAUGUUACAAAACGUACAGAUGGCUCUCGACUUUUUGCGCUACAAAAAGAUCAAGCUCGUCAAUAUCAGAGCUGAGGACAUAGUCGAUGGAAAUCCGAAACUCACGUUGGGGCUCAUCUGGACCAUCAUUCUCCACUUCCAGAUAUCGGACAUCGUCGUUGGCCAAGAACCGAACGUAACGGCGCGCGAAGCUCUUCUGAGAUGGGCUCGUCGUUCAACGGCGCGUUACCCAGGAGUCCGCGUUUCGGACUUCACCGGUUCCUGGAGGGACGGUCUCGCCUUCAGUGCCCUUCUUCAUCGAAACAGACCGGACCUCGUCGACUGGCGAAACGCAAGGGCGAGUCAGGCACGCGAACGUCUCGACAGGGUUUUCCACAUCGCCGAGCGCGAGUACGGCGUUACCAGGCUUCUCGAUCCCGAAGACGUUGAUACCCCCGAACCGGACGAGAAGUCUCUGAUAACGUAUAUCUCAUCGCUCUACGAUGUGUUCCCUGAACCACCACCGAUUCACCCAUUGUACGAUGCCGAGGCCCAACGCCGUUCCGCGGAAUAUCGGGAACUGGCGUCGUCCCUGCACCUCUGGAUACGCGAGAAAGUGGUCUUGAUGCAGGAGCGUUCGUUCCCCCCGACGCUAAUCGAAAUGAAGAAACUCGCAGCCGACAGUGCGAAGUUCAAGAACGAAGAAGUCCCACCCAGGUACAGGGACAAGCAAAGGUUGUCUCAUAUAUUCAGAGAUUUACAGAAGUAUUUCGAAGCCGUUGGAGAAGUCGAUAUGGAACCCGAACUUCACAUUGAAAUUAUCGAGAAGAAUUGGAACAGAUUAAUGAUGCUUCAUCAGGAACGAGAUCAAGCUAUACUCGACGAAAUCAAGCGCCUGGAGCGUUUGCAGCGUCUUGCCGAAAAGGUUCAUCGCGAAAUGAAAUCUACGGAUAAUCGUUUGGAGGAACUCGAAAGACGAGUCGAAGAUGAAGCUCGACGUCUGGACCGUCUACAUCCAUUGGAAGCCAAACAUGCCGUUGACCUGCUGGAACAGGACAUAAGAAAUACAGAGAUACAGAUUCAAAAUAUAUUCACCGAUGUUCACACUCUCACAGAAGGCAGAUAUAGUCAGGCUCCCGAACUUCACAAGAGGGUUCAAAAACUUCAUCAACGUUGGGUAGCGCUACGCUCGUUACUUCACAAACGAUUAGUAGCACCACUAUCCGUGGUAUCAUUUCCUGUUGAAGAACGUGUUGUUACCAAGCACCGAACUACCGUCCACGAAACUCGUUUGGUCGAUACGAAUCCGCAUUUCCGAAAUCUCCACGAUUGCAUAGAUUGGUGCAAGACCAAAUUGAAACAAUUACAAGAGGCUGAUUACGGAUCUGACCUUCCCAGUGUACAAAAUGAACUCGACAUUCAUCAGAGGGAACAUAAAAACAUUGAUCAGUUCUAUUCGAAAGUAGAAAAAUGUCUGCAAACUAAAAAUAAUUUCCAUGGCGAUGAACUCGCUUUGUUUAGCCAGCAUCUGAGUACCCUGCAAAAACUGUACGCCGAACUUUUAGCUACGUCUAAUAAGAGGCUGUCGGACUUGGACGUCUUACAAGAUUUCAUACAGUCAGCGACCGGAGAGCUUGUCUGGUUGAAUACCAAGGAAGAGACAGAAGUCACAAGAGAUUGGAGCGACAAAAACUUGAAUGUUCAAAGCAUCGAACAAUAUUAUGAAUCCUUGAUGAGCGAUUUGGAGAAGCGUGAGAUCCAGUUCUCUGCUGUGCAAGAUCGUGGAGAGGCACUAGUUCUACAACAUCAUCCUGCAGCUAAGACGAUUGAAGCUUACAUGGCUGCAAUGCAAAGUCAGUGGGCAUGGUUGCUGCAGCUUACGCUCUGCCUCGAAGUCCAUCUGAGGCAUGCCGCUCACAGUCAAACUUUCUUCAAAGAAGUUCAGCAGUCCGAACUCUGGAUAUCGAAUCGUGAUGAAAUUUUGAAUACUGUCUAUUCACAGUCAGAUUUCUCCUUGGAUGAAGGAGAACGUUUACUCAAGGGAAUGCAAGAGCUCAGAGAGGAACUCAACAACUAUGGAGAUCACGUACAACGAUUAGUCGAUCAAGCGAAGGAAACAGUUCCAAUGAAGGCACGCAGGCAGCCAGUUUCCCGGCCAAUUCAAGUCACUGCUAUCUGCAGCUACAAGCAAGUUAACAUCUCGUUUGAAAAAGGGGAGCAAUGCACAUUAUACGAUAACUCUGGCCGAGUAAAAUGGCGGAUAAAGAAUUCGCAGGGUGUAGAAUCUCCUGUACCUGGAGCCUGUUUCACCUUACCUCCACCCGACAAAGAAGCUUUAGACGCCGCAGAAAGAUUACGUCGUCAAUACGAUAGAAGUGUAGCCUUAUGGCAGCGAAAGCAAUUGAGAUUACGACAAAAUAUGAUCUUUGCUACAAUUAAGGUCGUCAAGGGCUGGGACUUACCCCAAUUCCUGGCCAUGGGUCAAGAUCAGCGUACUGCUAUCAGAAAGGCAUUGAACGAGGAUGCGGACAAACUACUUUCCGAAGGUGAUCCUGCUGAUCCACAAUUGAGAAGACUGAAGCGAGAGAUGGCAGAUGUUAACAGGCUCUUUGAUGACUUUGAAAAACGUGCUAGAGCAGAGGAAGAAUCGAAGAACGCUGGACGUAUAUUCAACGAUCAAGUUUCUGCCUUACAGCAAGCUCUGGAUGAGGCAGAAAGAAUUCUGAACUUACGCAUCGCGUCUCUCUUACCACGAGAUCUCGAUAGCCUGGAACAUUUGGUUCUUGAACACAAAGACUUUGAACAAAAUUUGCAACGUCACGCACCUGAAGUAGAACAAGUGCAACAAACAUUCCGUGGUAUAACGUUGAAGACAGCUGCGAUGAGGAACAAGCUCGAUAAUGUUAUGACAAAAUGGAAUCACUUAUGGAACCUGAGCAACCUUUAUAUAGAACGACUUAAGUGCGUUGAAAUUGUUUUAUCUGGACUUGAAGAGAACACCGCGGCUAUCUCAGAAUUCGAAAUAAAAUUGGCAUCAUUUAGUGAACUGCCAUCCGACGUUAAGGGUCUGCAACAUGUCCUCGAAAAUUUGAUGACCCUUCAAAACGCCAUAUCUCAGCAACAGAUACUCAUUGACCAACUUAAUGAUGACGCGCACAAUGCGCGAAGAUUGGUUGAAAAAUCAAGACCCAAUCAUCGUGGCCCACACAGCGAUAUGGAUAGACUAGAUGCCGAAGUGAACAGGUUAAAUGCAAGGUGGACAAACAUCUGUGGCCAACUUGUCGACAGACUUCGUAGUGCGGAAACAGCCUAUGGCCUUGCUCAGCAGUAUAAUAACUCUUAUCAAAAUGAAGUCGACUUCGUUGACGAAGGGUAUGGAAAACUAGAGACUCUUGCUCCAAUCCACAAUUUAGCUCACGAGCAGCUUGAAACUACAAAGAAUUUGCUGAACAGGGUUGUGGACAGAGCUCCAGUAAUCGAAGCCCUCAAUGUCACUGGUGGUCGAUUGAUUCGAGAAGGCAAGAUAUACGCCCAGAGGCUAAGAGCAUUCAGGGAGCAGUUGGAAGAGAUUUGUCCAUCGCUAGAUGCAUCAGUGAAACGACCUCGCCGAGAUUCGACCACAGUAGAAAACAUUGCCCGUGAACUGGACACGCUUAACAGAAGGUACACCACCCUUGUCAACCUUCUUCAAGAACGGGCUCGAAAGCUGGUACUGCUCUUCCCAGACGAUUUGUCACUACAGGUGAGUUUUUUGAAUUUAAUUCUUCACUUGAAAUUAUACUUUACGCAUAUUUGGCACCUACUUCUCUUCAUAAAGCUGAUGAGGUUGAAUGCAAUUAUAGAUUUUACGCUAUUGCCAAGUAGCACAUUCCUAAAAUUGCAAUCUAAUAAACGGAUCGUUAAGCAGCGUGUUCUGCAAGAGCAACGACCCCUGAGAACAUUUAGAACCGAAUUCAACAUCUAUGAGAGCACGUCCAGUGAAGAGCGUUAUACCUCCACGACAACACAUUAUACCCAGUCACAAUAUACAUCGGAGCAUCAUGAGUCAACCGCAACUACCUCAUCGAACGAAAUCCAGCUCAAAUCCGCUAGGGAAACUUCACCCCUUAAACGGCCACACGGCCAUCAUAGCUUUACAACUAAUGGAGACGCGACGAAAACCUCUGAGACUGACAGUCCGAAAUCUCAGUGGUCCGGGAGUAGUAUGCAAUUUAGCGAAAUUAGGAGUCUUAAAAGAAUACAUAGGGCAGAAGAGGGUAUUGGUACUGAUAAUAUAAUUGAAGCUAGAGGUAUAAUACACCCUGCUACCGGUGAGGUUCUCACAGUAGGGGAUGCGAUAAGUCUCAGAAUACUUGACGUUAGGACUGGUAGAAUAGCUACAUCCCCCGAUGGCAAGACUAGUGUGCCUAUCGAUGAGGCUGCUCGUAGUAAUAUCAUUGAUGCUAACCUCGCGAACAGGCUACUUGGCCCAUGCGGUGUUACCGAAGAUGGUCGACAGGUUUCUCUCCUCGAAGUCAUUCAGAGGGAACUUUUUGAUGCAGAAAGAGGCGACGACAGAGUUAAGGUAACAUAUGUUGCUACUACAGGAGUUAGCGUUGCUGAUGCGAUGAAACAGGGUUUGUUAGAUCCAGAAACUGGUCAGUUUAUAACGUUAAGUGGCGAACGAAUUUCUAUUGAAGAAGCAUACUCGCGGGGUUAUCUAAUCAGAAUUGACACCACAGUCAAGAUAAAAAGAGGUGCACUGGCAUUGUCUGAUGCGAUUUCACAAGGCUUGGUGGAUGAAAGAACUGGUCAAAUUAUUGACAGAAACACAGGAGAAAUAUUCUCAUUAGAUGAGGCCAUUGAAAGAGGUUUGAUCGAUCCAGACGUCAAAGAAAUCGUGGAUACUAAGAACGACACCAAAGUGACUGUAUCUGAAGCUAUUGCACAGGGUAUUUUGAAUCCUAAACUAGGAAAGUAUAUGCAUGGCAUUUCUCUAGAGAAACUUCCUUUAAAAGAAGCCCGACGAAGACAACUAAUUAUUAAACCUAUGACUCUGAAAGAUUGCUGCGAUUUAGACAUUAUCGAUGAUAAAGGAAAAAUUGCAAGUCCAGCACAUCAAACUAAAUUGGGUAUAUUAGAAGCUCUGUCACGCGGUGUUUUGGAUGCAGAUCUAAUCAAGUCCGUAUCAGACACUAAAGAAAAUGAUUUGCUAACGUUAGCUGAUGCUUUGGCUAGAGGAAUUGUUUUGCCGGAAGGUAAAUUCAAAGAUAGUUCAACGGGCGAAGAAUCAACCAUUCCAGAAGCUGUCGAUAGAGGUCUGAUUACUUCUGUAGCACAAAAAUCGAUAUUUGAUAUCGAUGGAUUUAAGGAUCCCGUUUCUCAAGAAUUCAUCAGCUUAAAUAUGGCUCUGCUCAAAGGACUGAUCAGUCCAAAAGCUGGAGGGUCCUUUGUCAUGGACUUGAAGAGUGGAAAGACAGUAUCAUUAGAAGACGCUAUGAACCAAGGCCACGUUCGACCUGAAGUUUUAGAAAUGUUGAAUCGUGGAAUAGGAGUUAUGGAUAAAGGAAAAGAAAUUAGUGUUCUAGAGGCAGUAUUAACCGGGCUGCUAGAUCCAAAAACGGGUCAGUUAUUAGAUCCUAAAAGCAGAAAACCAGUGCCUUUAGAAGAAGCAAUCAAACGUGGCCUUAUCACUCCUGAUGGCGCAGCUCUGCUGGCCAGUUUGCUGAACAUUACCGUCACAACCCAAACUGUUACAAAGACUGUGAAGCGAUAUGUAACUGUCACAGAAACUGGUGAAACCAUAACUAGAGAUUAUAAAAUUACAUACGGCGAAGCGUUACGCAAAGGUUUCUUGAAUGAGCAAACAGGAGAAUUUAAGGACCCUGAUGAUGGUAAGAUAAUCACGAUUCAAGAAGCCAUUAAGGAGGGCCUUGUGAGUCAGCCAAAUUUAGACGAAAAGGUAAAAUCUUCUCCAAAAAGGACCAGAGAUUUUCCUGCUAAACAAAUGACAUUUGAGACUACUAUUACUGCUAAUGUAAAUACACCUGUAAGGCCUCCAAGGGGUGUGUCACCUACCAAGGCUACUGGAACCACUACAACAAUUAUAACCAGAGAAAUUCGACCUCCCCCAAAAGAGAGAUCGCCAUCUCCAACAAAAAUUUCAAUUGCUACAAAGUCAAUUACUCCUUUACCAAUUAGCUCCAGCACUAGUAGCGUCACUAUUACAUCAAGUGCAACGACUUCUGUGGCAUCAGCAGAGUGGUCCUCUAAAGAUAAGUCGCCGCCACCUGUAAAGGAUUGGUCUCCUUCAUCAGCUAAGAGCAGAUCUCCUUCACCGACAAAGGUAAAAAGUUCAACAGCCACCAGUAUUACCACCACUACCAGGAAAAGAUCACUGUCUCCUGCUAAGGGCGAAAGAAAGCCCAGCAGGGAAGAGGAAAUACUCGCUUCUGCACAAUCCCAUCCACGAACUGCACGUCUUGAAUCUAUGGAUGUUGACGAGGUUCCAUCUGCCGUACAGUCUACUGUUAAAACGCAUUCUAUGGAAUUUAUCGAAAAUGAGCGAGCAUCGACUGAAAAGAGAGUAUUCGAAUUACCAACUGAUGGCUGGAUGCUGUCUGAGGCAAUUGACCAAAAACUCUUUGAUCCGAUCACCGGUCUUUUCAUAAUUCCAGGUACAGAUAGACUCGUUUCUUUCGAAGAGUGUGUGAAGCUCCAAAUCAUUAGUCCAAAUUCAGGAGUUGUAAUUGACCCAAACAAUGGUAGAAAAAUAUCUCUACUAAGGAGUCUUGAGAAAAAUAUUCUAGACUCUACUGGCCAUUAUACUCAUCCAACGAAAAUUCCGAUGAAGGAAGCCAUCACCAAAGGUUUGGUUAUUCUUGAACAGAGAUCAAUGGACAUCGAUGUUACAACUCAACGAUUAUUCCAAAUCACUAAAGUUUCCGGAGGGCCAGAUAAAGUAGUUGUGUCCCAGCUCGAUGAUCCAUCUAAUACCACAGAAAUAAGAAGCACUGAGGAAUUAUCCACGCUAGAACCUUUGCAAGUCGCACAGGGAAUUAUUUAUGAUCCGGCAACAGCAUUAGUAAUAUUUACAGAAACAGGAAAGUCCACUACACUUUUAGGUGCUAUUACAGAAGGCUCAUUACAGCCUGAAGCGAUAGUAGUGAAACAUCCAAAAACAGGAAAAGAAAUCGGAAUCAAGGAGGCGAUUGGAAUGGGUAUUGUUGACCCGCACACAGGUGUGUACAAGGAUGAAACUGGCCGGAGUAUAUCAAUCGCCGAUGCAGCUAAAUUCGGUGUUGUAGCAGUUCUGGGAGCACCUCUUGUGGCUGCAGCAGCAGCUGUCGAAGCUGUUAAAAAAGCUAUGGUCGACGAUCCACAGACAGGUGAAAGAAUUCCCCGUGAAGUUGCUAUUGAGCGCGGUCUUGUAUCCCCUGAUAAAGUUGUCAGUAGAACUGAAAUUGUCACCACUACUGUCGUUGUAACAGAUCCACAAACUGGGAAAGAAAUUCCUGUUAAUGAAGCAAUUGAAAAGGGAAUUGUUACACCGGAAGAAUUACACAAAUUAUCAGCUGUUCCUGAUUCCAAGGUGAAGGUCAAGAUCUUGGAUACCACUAGCAUUUCAUUGGAUGAUGCUGAUGACACGAGACCAUCAUUAGGAGAAAAAACACGAGAACGGGUUACUACUGAGCCCAAAUACAAAGUUACCAUUGGUAAGGCAAGAUCUCUGUCCCAAAGUCCUGAACGUGAAGCCAGACCGAUCGUUUUACAAAAAAUGCGAAAGAAGAUAGUGAGGCCAAAGGAUGCAGUGAAAAGUGGCCUUAUCGACGUAAAAACGGCCGAAAUUUUAGAGAAAACACUCGCACUUGCUGGUGAAAGCGGUGAGCCAAUCACGCUAACUGAAGCCCUUGACUCAAACAGAAUCAUACCCAACAGUGGUAAAAUUAUAGAUCCUCAAAGAGGGGAUAUUCUUACCAUAAAACAAGCUUUAGAACGUGGGAUAUUGGAUCCAGAAAAUGCAAACGUAUUAGUCCCAUUGGCAAGAAGUCUUUCGCUACCCAAGUUAUAUGAACAAGGUCUGCUUGACCCUGCAGAAGGUAAAGUCAUUCAUCCAGAAACUGGGGCACAUCUCACUUUGCACGAAGCAAUCGUAUGCGAAAUAGUAGAUCCUUUCUCAAAGCUCACUGAUAUAGAUGGACACAAAAUGACCCUGGAAACAGCCAUUGCUAAAGAUAUCGUUGACGCUGAUAAAUCACUUGUUAAAAUAAAAGAUGGCAACAUAAAUCUUGUGAAAGCGGUUGAAUGUAAAUUAUUCGAAGUUCAAGAAGCGACUGGCCCGACGCAGAUGCCACCAGCUGGAAUGACGUUCCCUGUAGCGCUGAAACGUGGCCUCGUUAAUCCAGAUACUAAAGAGAUCAGACAUCCUAUCACAGGCAAAGUUGUUCCAGUAGAAGAAGCUAUAAAGCACAAUUUCAUAAUGGCACUUCCGUAUCCAGCAGCACCUGACAGCAUAGAUCUAGCCAAAGCCUUAGAAUCAGGGUUGAUAGACAGAGAUAAAGGUGUAUUCAUGCAUCCUACAACUGGUACACCCAUUCCAAUUUCAGAAGCUGUUGAAUCUGGUUUACUCGUUAUCAAACCACAGGUGGCUGGUGAAUCUACGAUUACUGCUGUCACUGAAACUAUUACUUCCUACCAUACUAUAACUACUAAAACCAUAGAACUUUUAUCAGGGUACAUACUUUUGAGUGCAACUGAAAUUCAAGAUAUAAAUACUGGAGAAAUUAUUCCUAUGGAACAAGCGAAACAAAGAGGUAUUGUGAGGGAUGAAUCUGAAACAAAGGAACAAUUUACGACAAGAGACAUAAAAAUGACCUUCAGUGAUGCAGUUGCCAGAGGACUGGUUGACAUGAACGCUGGUACCUACACAGAUCCGGGGACUGGUACCGUCAUGCCAAUAGCUAAAGCGAUAGAAGUUGGAAUCUUGGAUACAUCUUCAACGAGCGAUGCACCAGAUACUCCUAAGAAAUCAGCAAACUCUACUUUAACUGUAUUGGAGGCGGUUGAAACAAUUUAUGACGAAGAGACUGGCAAAUUUAAAGAUCCAACUACAGAGAAAUCUUAUAAUUUCUCAGAAGCUAUUGAAGUAGGGCUGAUUGAACCCGAUUCUGUAGUUUAUGAUGUGAAAACAGCGGAAUCUGUCACAACAAAAGAGGCUGUGGAAAGAGGUCUUCUUGAUUCAAAAACUGGAAAGCUGAAAGAUAAAGAUGGCAGUUCCAUUUCAGUAACAGAAGCAGCUAAAUUAGGUCUUCUUGCAAUCGUUGCCGCACCUGUUCUUGCUGGAAAAGCUGUCGUAGAUGCCAUCAAAAAUCGCAACACUGAUGAAAAGAGACCAUCAGUAUCUCCAACAAAAGAGACUAGUCCAUCUGAAGAAAAAUACCCUCGUGCUAGUGCUUCACCUACAAAGAUUCAGGAUCAGAGCAGUGAUAGCAGACAUGAAACCAAAGUUUCACAUCAGAGAAUAGAAAUAACAAGGACAUCGCCAGAGCGUGAACAGCCUGUAGUUGAAAUUUCGCUUGGCUCAGCUCUUCAAAAUAAUCAGAUCGAUCCCAGAGUGACUAGAAUCAUUAUUGGAGACCAAGAACUUCCAUAUACCCUUCAAGAAGCCUUGGAACAACGGCGAAUAGAACUAAGCGAAAGUAUUGAAAUAAUCAGUGAAACAUUGAUCAGACAAGUUGCAGUACGGUCCAAGUUUAAAGUUAUUGUUUCUAGAGAACUUACUCCACAGUUUUUGGCUGAACAAGGAGCAUACGAUCUCAAUACAGAUAAAUUCCUAGACCCUGAAACAGGAGACAUUAUUUGCUUCAAUGAAUUUGUUCUCGAUCUCCAAGUAUUCGAUCCAGAUAACGUGUGGGUCAAAGACUUAUCCAGCAGGACUGAAAAAUAUGUCACACUCAGAGAAGCAAUUGAUCGACCACUUGUGGACAGGAAUUUGGGCAAUAUGGUUGAUCCGAAAUCAGGCAAAAAAGUUCCAUUCUUUGAAGCAAUCAAACUUGGUUGGAUCGUAGAAACAGAGCAUGUAGUGGAGGAGGAACCGCUUUCUUUGACUUUACAAGAAGCGAUCGAAGCUGGCGUAUGUGAUACAAGUAGUGGAGGGCUUCGCGACCCAAGGACAGGUGAACCUCUAACGCUAGCUGCUGCGGUAGAAAGUGGAUUAAUUGAUGCGAACUCUAUUAGUAUUCGAAAUCCUACCACCGACGAGAUAUUACCGUUUGGUGAAGCUGUAGAGACUGGUAUCGUUGAUUUGAAUCGAGGAGUAAUUGUAAAUGUUGAUACAAGAACGGAAAUCGAUAUUAAAGUGGCUUUUCUAAAAGGAUUCGUUGUUCCUGGGCUUCGCAAGCCAAUCUCUUUAGAGGCAGUAAUACACAAAGGAAUGUACGAUCCGCAAACUGGUAGCAUUAGAGAUCCUUUAACUAAGCAACAAAUCGACAUCGAAGAAGGUGUUCGCCGGGGAAUAGUAGAUGCAUUUAUUACGGAAUGUCAAGAUACAGCAACAAGUUCUUUCAUUUCUCUGGAUGAUGCGCUCACCGUCAAACUUAUCAAUUCAACAACCGGUCGUCUGCGGGAUACUCAAGCUGGUGAACUAUUGCCCCUUGAUAUAGCACUGAACAAAGGUCUUAUUAUAACCACACCAUUUGUACCUACAUUGAUUGAUGUAAUUGUGCAAGAAUAUUAUUCUCCAAAGACUAGUCUUGUACUAAACCCUAUGACAGGUGAAGAAUUAACAGUGCGACAAGCGUUGGCAAUUGGUUACGUGGAUGGAAGGACAAUCAAAAUUAAAGAUGAUAGAAACGAUAGCGUAAUUUCCCUGCACGAUGCUCAGAGAAAUAAUCUUGUUGACUUAGAAAAAGGUGUGUUACUUCACCCACAUUCCAUGACGUUGGAUAUUGCUUUUGAAAAAGGCUAUAUUCUAUCUACAAUUAAACCAUGGACCUUGCAAGAAGCCUUGGCGCAUCAAUGUUAUGAUCCAAAGAUGGGAAUAUUCAUCAUUGAUGGCGAUAAGGUCACAUUAGAAGACGCGAUUGCCAAGGGGCUAAUCAGUCGCGACAGUUCCUCAGUUAAAGAUCCAAGAACUGGGAAUAUAAUUUCACUCGCCGAUGCCAUCAAGCAUGGUCUUAUAGAUCCGAGAAGUGGGACUGCUUUAGAUCCUGUAACUGGUAUAUCUCUGACACUCACAGAUGCCUUAGACAGAGGCUUAAUAGUGCCUGCAAAGCGGAAGAUAUCUCUUCCUGAAGCUGUUUUCAAAGGCUUUUACGAUCCUAAGACCGGUAAAUUCAGUAGCAUCGAAUCUCAUGAAAAACUUCGUACAGAUCAAGCCAUUAAAAAAGGUGUCAUCGAUCCUACCUCAGCUAUUGUUCGAGAUCCAAGCGGAUAUGCAAUUACCUUUAAUAAGGCUAUCGAACAGCUUAUAGUAGAUCCCGCAACCGGAACUGUCACGAAUGAUAAAGGACAGAGAAUAGAUUUUCAAGAAGCAUUUGAAAGAGGUUUAUUAGUUGAGGCUCGUAGACCCAUCAGUCUCAGUGAAGCUAUCUCUAAAGGAAUUUUGGAUGGUGAAAAUGGUACUUUCUUAGAUCCACAAACUGGUGUCCAUUUGACUUUAAUUCAAGCGCUUCAACAAGACUUGAUCGAUGCCGAAUCCGUAAUGGUAAAAGAAGCACAUUCUGGAUUCUUGAAAAAAAUAACUCUCAUCGAAGCUAUACAACGGGGUUAUAUCAACAAAAUCACUGGGCGUGUUAAAGAUUUUACAAGAGACAACUUAGAAAUAUCUUUGAAAGAAGCUUAUGAAGCCGGAUUACUUCUUGAUAAUAAAGCAGCGGUCUCGCUACAACGGGCAAUCCACCAGGGACUGUAUGAUGACAAAACGAGGAAAAUCACUGAUCCCAGCACUGGAAGAGCUAUUACUUUACAUGAAGCUAUGCGAAAGUGCGUUAUUAGUCCCACUUUAGCAUGUUAUUGGGAUAAACGGGCAGAACGUCUGUUAUCACUUGCAGAAACCUGCCGAGCUGGAGUAAUUGACAGGAGAUCUGGCGUCUUCCGGGAACCUGGAGCAAAUUGUUCCAUUUCAUUGUCUGAUGCACUACAAAUUGGUCUGAUUGUCGAUAUUGAAAGCACAGGUUUUGGUUUCUAUGAAGCAAUUUUAAUGGGCAUGUAUGACAUUCCAACGGGUCGAUUUAUACAUCCAUCCAGCGCUAGAAAACUUACUCUAGCUGAAGCCUGCCAAGAAGAGUUUAUUAAUCCUUUAGUUUCUGUUGUAAAAAGCACAAAAACCAAUAAAUAUGUACCUUUAGCUAGUGCAAUUACCGAUGGCCUUAUCGACGCAGUUCGUGGUACCUAUAAUGUUCCUGAAAUUGGUAAAGUUAUGAAUCUACAAGAGGCACGCAAAAGAGGCUUCGUUGUGCCUUAUAAAAAACCGCUCACGGUCGAAGAAGCUGUCAAAUGUGGGCUUUAUCGAGGCGAUAGUGGCAAAUUCGUUGACCCGGUGAAUAAUGAAUUCCACGAGAUAUCUCAGGCUCUUGCAACUGGUCUAAUAGACCCUGACACAACAGCCCUCAAAGAUGCUACAACCGGACAAAUCAAAUCUCUGCAGGUCGGAAUUGAAGAUGGUACUAUUGAUGUACCCAAAGGAAGAGUACUUGAUCCUAAAACAAAACGGGCUUAUAAUAUUGAUGUUGCACUAGAACGCGGCUUGCUGGUAACCCUCGAUAAGCCAUUGAUUCGCCAGCCGGAACGAAGAACAUCUCUAGAGAUGCAGAAGAGUUCACUAAAAGAUAAAGGUGUUAGAGAAUGUACAUUAGAAGAGGCGAUCAGGUACGAACUACUCGAUCCAGAAACUUCUGUCGUGAAAGAUCCCAGAACUGGACGAUUUGUUAGUGUGAGCAUAGCAAUUACAGAUGGAUUGAUUGACUCUUCAAAGAAAGUUAUAUUUGAGCCCCAAACUGGUAAAGUUCCUUCUCAAUGCGUCAGGUUUGAAGAGACGAUAGUCUUUUUCAGCGAGCCCCUUACCUUUGAAACUGCAGUAGAAAAAGGCUACUUAGUCCUCGAAACUGGAAAGAUGAGAGACCCUAAAUCCAACGAAAUAUUGACGCUAAAAGAAGCUGUGACUCUCGGCAUCAUAGAUCCUGAUUCAGCUCUAAUUAAGGACUUGCAGAAAAAGAAAUUGAUCAAAUUACCUGAAGCGUUCCGUAAGGGAAUUAUGGACAGUGAAAAGAGCAAUGUGCUGGAUACAGUUACGUCUAAGCUUCACACCUUGCCAAAAGCAGUUGAAAUUCGCCUGCUGGCCACCCCCAAACAAGGAUUAUCAUUUAUUGAAGCACUACAAUUUGGCCUUUAUAAUCCUACGACUGGUGGUUUUUACGAUCCGUUCGUCAUAACUUCUGUAUUAGAUCGUAAGCGUUUGACAUUGAUAGAGGCUGUAGAGUCAGGCUUAGUUGAUCCAUCAACAACUGUAAUUAAAGAUCCUGAAUCUGGUAGUAUAACGAGUCUUCUAGAGGCUAUAAGUUUAGACAGGAUAGAUCCAAUAGCAGGCAGGUUUAUCGAAGGUCCUGAGGGCAAGAGUCUAGAUUUGGUCAAAGCAAUGGAACGGGGCUACAUUCUCGCCGCUGAAGCAAGGCAAGCGGUUGAAGAAAAAUACAAACUCUGCGAUGAGACAUUGACAAAAUUGUUGCAAUGGAUAUCCGAAGUUGAAGACAAACUGGCCAAUCAAGAUGUGGUCAAAGAAGACAUUGAAGAUUUAAGAAAUCAAAUCAAUGUUAUGAGGCAAGUGAAAGAAGACUUGGAAUCUCACAGUCGCCCUGUAUCGUCUUGUUUGGACCAAGUGAGGCAGGUCGUCCUUACUGGAAGUGAUGUUCUAUCGAGCGAUGAAGUUGCUACCCUAGAAAAGAGCGGUCGAGCUUUGAAGACCAGAUUUGAUAGAGCAGUUGACAGAACAGAGAGGCUUCUACGCCGUCUUACUGGAGCCAAUGAUGAACUCAGCAAAUUCAAAAAUGAGAUAUCAAACUUCUCCGCUUGGCUAGACAAGGCACGCCGUACAUUAGAAGAUAAAGAACGAUCACUUUCCAAUCUGAAUAAGUUGAACAGUAGUACUGAUCAAACCCGAGAAUUCGUUAGCGAUGUUAUCGCUCAUCAAGCAGAUCUGCGAUUUAUCACAAUGGCUGCACAGAAAUUCGUAGAUGAAAGCAAAGAAUAUUUACAAAUUCUAAAUGAUUUCCGAACUAGCUUACCACAGCGUUUGCCACAUAAAGAACCCAUCGCCAGUCAAAAUUCACCUGUAAGAAGCGAAGUUUCCAUUGUAACCGCACAAUACAAAGAUUUGCUUUCACGUGCUAAUGCGCUUUCGGAUAGACUUUCUGGAGUUGGAGGACGCCAACGUGAUUAUCGAGAUUCGCUCGAGAAGGCGAGAAUAUGGUUGAGAGAAGUUGAGCCCAAGAUACACCAGGUACUCAUAGAACCUGUGGCAGCUGAGCCUAAGCUAGUUGAAGAUCAACUUAGCAAGGCAAAGGCAUUGAAUAACGAAUUCCUGGCAAAUGAACGUUUGAUAGAUAACACAAAAUCUAGCCUGAUUGCAUUGCUGAGAUCUCUCGAUGGCCAACUCACACCUGCUGAAGCAAAUCAACUCGAAGAACCUGUAAGAGAGCUGGAAGACAAAUAUAAACAACUUGCCAAUGCUUUAGCCGAUAAGUGUCAGCAAUUGGACACUGCGUUAGUACAAAGCCAAGGCGUACAAGAUGCCCUAGACGGCCUAGUGAUCUGGCUCAACAAUGCUGAGAGUCAAUUCAAAAAUCUACAGCGUCCAGCUAGUCUACAGAAAGAACGGUUGGAAGAACAACAAAAAGAUCAGCGUCUUCUUCAAUCCGAUUUGGAUAGUCAUCGGCCAAGCGUUGAUGCUAUAACUGCAAGUGCCCAGGAGUUGCUCGUCAACUCAAGCAAUGCACGUGUUGCUAAGCGUAUUGAAAACAAGUUGAAGGAUGUUCAAAAUAGAUUUGAGAAACUCAUGGAAAAAUCGGUUCGUCGCGGAGAAUUCCUUGACGAAGUCGCUCAGGGCCUCAGUGAAUUCAAUGCACAGACAUCUAAGUUUGAAACAUGGUAUGCUCACAUGAUCGAAAUUCUGGAAUCAAGAGAACUCGGGAAACUGGAUGUUUCCGAGCACGAAGGUAGAAUGGCACAAAUCAUUGAUAAACGUGAAGAUCAACGUGGUAAUUUCGAAGAUCUCAUCCGCAAUGGAAAGAAUUUGGUAGCCAAGAAGGACAUAACCGAUGCAGCACCCACCAGGGAUAAGAUCAAGGCUUUAGAAUCGCAGUGGAAGGAACUGAACAGUCUUCUCGAUGAAAAGCAACGUCUCAGUAAAUCUCGUGCCGAACAACUAUCUGCUUAUGAAAAAUUGAGAGAUCAAGUCAUUGACUGGCUGACCAACACAGAAAAUAAAGUACAGAGAUUGCAACCAGUUGCAGUCAAUCUUGAAAAACUGAAAAAACAAGCUGAAGAACUUAAACCGAUCCAGAAAGAAUAUAGAGAUCACGGAGCUACCAUUGACAAAGUCAAUGACCUCGGGAUUUCAUACGAUAGUCUAUUGAAAGAACGUGGUGAGAGCCCAACCAGACGCCGAGGCAGUGCUAGCCCUACAAAACGACCGAAUAUUACCAGUCCACUACGUCGUACGUCACAAGACGGUCGCUCACCAUCCCCUACUAAGUCCUAUGCGGCUCAAAGUCCGGUAUCUCCAGGUGGUAGCAGUGGCUUCAGCAGUAGGCGAUCUAGCCAGGAUGGCUUCCAUUUGGAAGAAUUGUCCCCUGUUCAACAGCAACUUUCUGAAAUUAACAACCGUUACAGUCUACUGGGUGUUAGAUUGACCGACAGACAAACUGAACUCGACAAUCUUAAGGAAGAACUUAGGAAACACCUUGAAAACUUGAAAACAUUGUCACAAUUUUUGGACAAGAUUCAGCGCCAGUUGCCAAAAGAAACGAUUCCAGCAACUAAGGAAGAAGCAGAUAAAACUGCUAAGCAGAUCAAAUUAGUCAUUGAGGAAAUGUACGAGAAACAAUCUCUGUUAGAUAGCACAAGGACUCAGGUUCGUGAUCUUGUAAGGCGUAAACAUAAUGCUGAAGGAACAGACAGACUCAAUGAUGAACUAGAAGAUGUUGCUAGCCGCUGGAAAUCUAUAUCAGACAGAUGCAAGGAUAGAAUCAAAUUCUUGGAGGAUAUUAAGGAAUUCCAUGAUACUUAUGAAGGUCUCAAUUCGUGGCUGGGCGCCAAAGAAAGAAUGUUGGGAGCAUUAGGACCAAUUUCAUCUGAUCCUAGAAUGGUCGCAAGUCAAGUUCAACAAGUUCAGGUCCUUCGCGAAGAAUUUAGAACACAACAACCACAACUUGAUCACUUAGCUGAAGUCGGCGAGAACGUACUGGCUAGAGUGAAUGUCCAAUCGCCGGAUGGUCAGAAAAUCAAUACAAAACUCAACAGCGUCUUGCAAAGAUGGGCUGAUCAGUUGGGAAGGUUGGAAGAGCGUGCACAAAGUCUAGGAGAUGCUGUUGACACCAGUCGUGAAUUUGACGCAAGUCUCAAUCGGCUGCGCGAUGCUCUGCAAGGAAUUUCUGAUAACUUGGACGAUCUUCCACUUGACAAAGAUCCUGAAGAACAAUUACGAAAGAUCGAGAAUUUGGAACGACAACUCGAAGGUCAAAGACCUCUUCUGGCUGAUGCAGAAGCCUCUGGUGCUCAAUUGUGCGAAGUUUUGAGUGAUCCAGCAUCAAAAUCUGAGAUUCAAGGCAAACUCGCGGCUGUUGGAAAGUUGUAUAAUAACUUGCAGAAGAAACUAGAUCAUAGGAAAGCUGAAGUUGAAGGAAAUCUUCGAGGAGGAAGGCAGUUUGAGGCUUCGUGCAGCAAGACUCUGGGAUGGCUUGCAGACGAGCUCAGCAACAUGUCCGAGAAACUCUUGGUAUCUGCCGAUCGUGAAAUUCUGCAGCAACAACUUGAUCACCACGAGCCUGUCUACCGUAACGUGAUGAGCAAAGAACAUGAGGUGAUAAUGCUAUUGAACAAGGGUCGAGACAUGCUCGGACGUUCCCAGAAAACUGAGAAUCGUUCGCUCCAACGAGACCUGGAAAAGAUGAACUUGCAAUGGGAUAGAUUAAAGAAAGAUACAGUUGAAAGGCAAACUAGAUUGCAAACCUGUGCUGAGCAUUGCAAGAAAUAUUACCGAGCUCAAGACACGUUCCUUCCAUGGCUACGGCAAGCAGAGGACAAACUGGAGAGUCUUAGGCCAGCUUCAUUCAAGCGUAAAGAUAUUGAAAAGCAGUUGAAGGAACUGUCAUCUUUCAGAAAUGAAGUAUGGAAACGUUCUGGUGAAUUUGAAAACAACAAAACCUUGGGAGAAACCUUCGUUAGUGCGUGUGACAUUGACAAAGAUGUGGUGAAGAAUGAACUCAAUGCCAUGAAAAUUAGAUGGGAUAAAUUGAACAACGAUCUCCUCGAGAGAACUCAAUCCCUAGAAGACACGGCUCGGCAUCUCACAGACUUUAGUGAAAACCUGCGUGAUCUGCAGCACGGAUUACAACGUUGCGAAGAUAAACUUGCGUCCCACGAUGCUCUUGGUGGGGCAUCCAAAGAUCCAAAACUUCUCGAUAGAAUUAAGAAUUUGCGGGAAGAGACAGCAAGUUUGAAGAAACCACUUCAAUCCGUGAGGCAACAGGCCAAUGAUCUCGUGAACGCUGCUGGUGAACAAGGAGUGGAUGCAACGCACUUGCAAGAUGAAGUUGAUAAUGUCACAGAUCGUAUCGAUGAUCUGCAAGCCAAAUUGGACGACAGAUGUAGCGAACUGCAGAGUGCAGCUACAGCUGUUGCUCAGUUUAAUGAUCAAGUAAAGAGUGUCGUUCAAGAUCUCUCAGAUCUUGAGAAGGAGUUGGAAUCAAUGAAGGCUCCAGGUCGUGAUAUUAAGGUUGUGCGUGGUCAAAUAGAAGAUGUAGGCAAGCUCAUUAACAAGAUCAACAAGGCUGCCGAUGAUGUGGCUGAUGCCGUUAGUUCUGGCGAGAGAUUAGUUGACUCUGGUUUUGCACCUGAUACGGUAGCAACUAGGGACCAGGUUGAGACACUGAAACGUCAACUUGGAAAGCUGGAUGAACGUGCACGAAACAGAGAUGAAGAACUCAGUGACACUUUGAAUAAACUUCAAGAAUUCUAUCACGCACAUGCCAAUGUUAUGGAUGAUAUUACCGACGCAAAUGAACAAGUUCGUAAACUUAAACCCAUAGGCUCAGAAGUCGAAACUAUCAGAGCACAGCAGGAAGAUUUCAGGAAUCUCAAGACCAAAACAAUUGAACCAAUAGGUCAUGCAGUCGAUGAUUGUAACCGUCUUGGACAAUCUCUUGUUCAAAGCGCAGGCCGUGAUGUUAAUACCGGUAGUAUAGAGAAGGAUCUGGAUAAAAUGAAUGAUAAAUGGAACGACCUCAAAGGCAGGCUAAACGAACGAGAUCGCAGAUUGGAUGUGGGUCUGCUACAGUCUGGCAAAUUCCAAGAGGCUUUGGAUGGACUGGAGAAGUGGCUCGCAGAUACCGAAGAAAUGGUUGCAAACCAAAAACCACCUUCCUCCGAUUACAAGGUUGUCAAAGCUCAACUGCAGGAACAAAAAUUCCUGAAGAAGAUGUUAAUGGAUCGUCAGAACUCGAUGUCAUCUCUGUUCACUAUGGGUCAAGAGGUUGCCGCUGGAGCAGAUGCAAAGGAGCGUAAAGUUAUCGAAAAACAACUCAAAGAUCUUAUGGGUAGAUUCGAUAAUUUGACAGAUGGUGCUGCAGAAAGAAUGGAUGCAUUAGAACAAGCAAUGGCUGUAGCCAAGGAAUUCCAAGAUAAACUAAUUCCACUUGCUAUCUGGCUAGACAAGACCGAGAAGAAGGUCAAAGAUAUGGAAUUAAUUCCAACUGAUGAAGAAAAGAUCCAACAGCGUGUCAAAGAACACGAUGUGCUACAUGAUGAUAUUUUGUCCAAGAAACCAGAUUUCAGUGAAUUAACAGACAUUGCCAGUAAUCUAAUGGGCCUUGUAGGCGAGGAUGAAGCUGCGACACUAGCAGAUAAACUUCAAGAUGCUGCAAAUCGCUACGCUGCAUUGGUCGAUCGUUCUGAAUCGCUUGGAAAUUUGCUUCAGCGAUCAAGACAAGGACUCAGACAUCUCGUACUCACUUACCAGGAUCUUCAAGCCUGGAUGGAAAGUAUGGAAGUCAGACUCUCGAAAUACCGUGUAUUGGCUGUCCAUACUGAGCGACUCCUUCAGCAAAUGGAAGAUCUUGCAGAUCUCACGGAAGAAGUUUCCACCAGACAAACUGAAGUUGACAGCACGGUCGAUUCGGGUCUCGAACUAAUGAAACAUAUCUCGAGCGAUGAAGCACUGCAAUUAAAGGACAAACUUGAUUCCCUGCAACGACGCUUCAAUGAUCUAGUCACACGAGGUUCUGAUCUUCUCAAGCAUGCACAGGAAGCCUUGCCAUUGGUACAGCAAUUCCAUGACAAUCAUAACCGUCUUAUGGAUUGGAUGCAGGGUGCUGAAUCUGCUCUGCAAUCUGCUGAACCUCACGAAGAAGAAAUUAUUCGUUUGGAAAUGGAGAUAUCCGAGUAUAGACUGGUUCUCGACAAAAUCAAUACAGUUGGACCACAAUUGUGCCAGAUUUCACCUGGAGAAGGUGCGGCAACGAUCGAGGGUCUGGUAACUAGGGAUAACAGAAGGUUUGACGCUAUUGCUGAACAAAUUCAAAGGAAGGCAGAAAGGAUUCAGUUGAGCAAGCAGAGAUCCCUUGAAGUGAUCGGCGAUAUUGACGAUCUUUUGGAUUGGUUUAGAGAAGUUGAUGGUCAAUUACGAGAAGCUGAACCACCAAGUAGCGAACCUGAAGUUAUCAGAGUGCAGCUCAAAGAACAUAAAGCACUUAAUGAUGAUAUUUCGAGCCAGAAGGGUAGGGUCAGGGAUGUUAUUUCCACUGCUAAGAAAGUAAUUCGAGAAAAUGCCCAACACGAAGACACCUCGACAAUUAGAGAUAAAAUGGAAGACCUUCGGGAAACUAUGGAAAUAGUUUCUGGACUUUCAGCAGACAGGCUAGGAGCCUUGGAACAAGCUUUACCAUUGGCAGAACACCUCCGAGAUGCUCAUGCUGGCCUUGUCAGCUGGCUAGAAGAAGCUGAACAACAAGUUGCAAUGCUUCCCAUGCCAGCAUUACGACCCGAUCUUAUUGCGGUACAACAAGAUAAGAAUGAACUGCUCAUUCAGAGUAUAAAUGAACACAAACCCCUCGUAGAGAAACUCAAUAAGACUGGAGAAGCUCUCAUCAAAUUAUGCAACGACGAAGAAGGCACAAAAGUGCAAGAAAUUCUGGACAAUGAUAAUGCUCGUUAUUCAGCACUACGUGCAGAACUACGUGGCCGUCAACAAACACUUGAGCAAGCAUUACAAGAAUCCUCCCAAUUUUCUGACAAACUGGAGGGUAUGCUUCGUGCACUAUCCUCAACUGCUGAUCAGGUUAACGGUGCUGAACCCGUGAGCGCUCAUCCUCCAAGGCUGCGUGAUCAGAUGGAAGAAAACUCUGCCCUGGCAGAUGACAUUGCUCAGAGAUCCGAAGCCUAUGCCGCGGUUAAAAAGGCUGCCGACGAUGUUAUCAAUAAAGCUGGUAACAGGGCUGAUCCAGCGGUCAAGGAUAUCAAGCGUAAAUUGGAAAAACUCAACAGGCUUUGGUCCGAAGUUCAAAAGGCUACAAAUGAUCGCGGAAGAAAUUUGGAUGAUACCUUGGCUGUGGCUGAGAAGUUCUGGUCGGAGUUGAAUGGAGUAAUGGCUACAUUGAGAGAAUUACAAGAUGCUCUUGCUGGACAAGCGCCUGCUGCUGUUCAACCUGCAGCUAUUCAACAACAACAAGUAGCCCUCCAAGAAAUUAGGCAAGAAAUCGAUCAGACAAAGCCUGAUGUUGAACAAGUCAGAGCUUCUGGACAAGAGCUGAUGGGUCUCUGUGGCGAACCUGAUAAACCUGAGGUUCGUAAGCACAUGGAAGAUUUGGAUCAAGCUUGGGAUAACGUAACUGCACUCUAUGCACGACGUGAAGAAAACCUCAUCGAUGCUAUGGAGAAGGCUAUGGAAUUCCACGAAACUCUUCACAAUCUUUUGGAAUUCUUGGAGGAAGCUGAGGACAAAUUUGCUGCCAUGGGGACUCUAGGUAGUGAUAUUGACGAAGUUAAGAAGCAAAUCAAACAACUUGCUGCUUUCAAGGCUGAAGUCGAUCCACAUAUGGUGAAAGUUGAAGCCCUUAACAGGCAAGCUGCGGAACUCACUGAGAGAACAUCUUCAGAACAAGCAGCUGCUAUCAAGGAGCCCUUAGGAGCGGUAAAUCGGAGAUGGGAUGGCCUACUCCGCGGUGUUGUUGAGAGGCAAAGGUUGCUCGAAAACGCGUUGUUGAGACUUGGCCAAUUCCAGCAUGCUCUCGACGAACUUCUCGUAUGGAUCAAUAAGACUGAUAGAACCUUAGAAGAUCUGAAACCAGUGGCUGGUGAUCCUCAAGUAAUCGAGGUCGAACUAGCUAAACUCAAGGUUCUAGUAAAUGAUAUACAAGCACAUCAGACAAGUGUAGACACUCUGAACGACGCAGGAAGGCAACUUAUUGAGGAUGGCAAAGGCACUGCAGAGGCAUCGACCACAGCUGAAAAACUGGGAACACUCAAUAGGCAGUGGCGUGACCUGCUGCAGCGAGCAGCUGAUCGCCAACGGGAACUGGAAGAUGCUCUUCGUGAGGCGCAAUCCUUCACAGCUGAAAUUCAAGACUUAUUGUCGUGGUUAGGCGAUGUAGAUAAUAUGAUUGUCGCAUCUAAGCCUGUUGGUGGCCUGCCGGAAACAGCAUCGGAGCAGCUUGAACGAUUCAUGGAGGUUUAUAACGAAUUGGAACAAAAUCGGCCAAAGGUAGAGACUGUUCUGCAGCAAGGACAAGAGUACUUGAAACGUGCUGGAACGACGAGUGCAGGUGGUUUGAAUCAUAAUCUAAGAACGUUAAAACAAAGGUGGGAUAAUGUUACGGCUCGUGCAAGUGACAAAAAGAUCAAACUGGAAAUCGCUCUUAAGGAAGCAACAGAAUUCCAUGAUGCUCUGCAAGCGUUUGUUGAUUGGUUAACGAAUGCGGAAAAAAUCCUUACCAACUUGAAGCCUGUCUCCAGAGUUAUGGAAACAAUUCUAGGUCAGAUCGAAGAACAUAAAGGUUUCCAGAAAGAUGUUGGUGUUCAUCGCGAAACCAUGUUGAACCUUGACAAGAAGGGAACUCACUUGAAAUACUUCUCGCAAAAACAAGAUGUUAUUUUGAUUAAAAAUCUGUUGAUCAGUGUACAGCACAGAUGGGAAAGAGUAGUUUCAAAAUCCGCUGAACGAACAAGAGCCUUAGAUCAUGGCUACAAAGAAGCCAGAGAAUUCCAUGAUGCAUGGUCGAACCUGAUGAACUGGUUAGAUGAAACGGAGAAAACUUUGGAUGAAGUUGCUGCUGAUGGAGUCGGUGGAAAUGAUCCAGAGAAAAUCAAAUCUCGACUGAACAAACAUCGUGAAGUACAACGUGCUCUCAGUGGCAAACAGGGCGUAUAUGAUUCUACAAUGAAGAAUGGUAAGUCCCUGAAAGACAAGGCACCAAAGACCGAUGAAGCAGCUUUGAAGGAACUUUUGAACGAGCUGAAAAAUAAAUGGACAACCGUUUGUGGAAAGAGUGUCGAUAGACAAAGAAAACUUGAAGAAGCAUUGCUGUUCUCUGGGCAAUUCAAAGAUGCUAUCCAGGCAUUACUUGAAUGGCUUAGGAAGGUUGAAAAACAACUAUCUGAAACGGGACCAUUGCACGGAGAUCUCGAUACUGUUACAAAUCUGUUUGACCAACAUAAAUCUUUUGAGAAAGACUUGGCAUCGCGUGCUUCUCAAAUGGAAUCUGUCAUCAGAACUGGCCACGAUCUUGAAUCAAAGGCUACCUCGGAAGAUGCAUCGACCAUCAGAUCUCAACUUACCGAAGUUAAUUCUCUAUGGGAUAACGUAACACGCCUGUCCUCAAAUAAAACUUCUCGUUUAGAGGAAGCUCUCAGGGAAGCUGAACGUCUCCAUAAAGCGGUUCAUGUUCUUUUGGAAUGGCUCAGUGAUGCUGAAAUGAAACUUAGGUUUGCUGGCCAACUCCCUGAAGAUGAACAAGAGAGUAGGAACCAAUUAAUGGAACAUGAGAAAUUCCUACGAGAGCUUCAAUUCAAAGAAGUUGAAAAAGAUGCUACCCUGGAGUUAGCGCAAGUGAUUCUCACCAAAGCACAUCCAGACGGUGCGGUAGUGAUCAAGCACUGGAUUACAAUUAUCCAGUCCAGAUGGGAGGAAGUUUCUACGUGGGCUCACCAGAGAAACCAGAGGCUGGAAACUCAUAUGCAAGGCCUGCAGGAUCUGGAUAAUUUGUUGGAGGAGUUACUUGAGUGGCUUGGUGGAUUGGAAAAUACAUUAAAUAUCUUGGAAGCGGAACCUCUUCCUGAUGACCGUGUAAUUCUGGAGGAACUCAUUACCGAUCACCGUGAAUUUAUGGAGAACACAAGCCGAAGACAGAACGAAGUUGACCGUGUUUGCAAAGCUCGUCAAGUAAAAAUUAUCAAAGAUGGUCGCAAAGUUUCAAGACCCAAGUCGACUACACCAAGUAAGGAUCACUACUAUGACCAAGAUCAUGAACACCCUCCGCUACGCAAGCAAAGCUUCAAAGGAAGCCGUGACCUCGCCCAGAACUCGAGGCGUGGAAGCCGAGCCAGCCCAGGUCGGGAGAGAACACCAGACCCCUCCUUACCACACAUUGGUCCACGCUUCCCACCAAAAGGAAGCAAAGGGGCUGAACCAGAAUUCCGAAGCCCAAGAGUCAAGCUUCUCUGGGACAGAUGGCGGCAUGUUUGGAUGUUGGCGUGGGAGCGUCAACGGCGACUGCAGGACAAAUACAAUUACAUUCAGGAACUGGAUCGUGUCACCAAUUUCAGUUGGGACGAUUGGCGCAAGAGGUUCCUGAAAUUCAUGAACCACAAGAAAUCUCGUCUAACAGAUCUGUUUAGGAAAAUGGACAAGAAUAAUGAUGGACAAAUUCCACGGGAAGACUUUAUUCAAGGAAUUAUGAACACUAAAUUUGAAACAUCACGUUUGGAGAUGGGUGCUGUAGCAGAUCUUUUCGAUCGUCAUGGUAAAGGCUUGAUUGAUUGGAAAGAAUUCAUUGCUGCGUUACGACCAGAUUGGGAGGAGCGCAGACCUCCGAAUGACACUGACAAGAUUCACGAUGAAGUUAAGCGACUGGUCAUGCUUUGUACGUGCAGACAGAAGUUCCGAGUGUUCCAAGUUGGUGAAGGAAAAUACAGGUUUGGCGAUAGUCAGAAACUGCGCCUUGUUAGAAUUCUUCGUUCUACUGUCAUGGUGCGAGUUGGAGGUGGUUGGGUGGCUCUGGACGAGUUCCUUGUGAAGAAUGACCCAUGCCGCGCCAAGGGAAGGACGAACAUUGAGCUCCGGGAACAGUUCAUACUGGCAGACGGCGUCAGCCAGACUAUGACGGCGUUCAGGUCCAAACCGAGUCCAACCUCGACCCUGCAACGUACGCCAAUAUCCUCUGCUGGGCCCAUAACUAAGGUGAGGGAGCGCAGCGCUAGGAGUACACCAAUGGCUCAGACACGUGCAUCAAGAUCUUCGCUGAGUGCUGGAACUCCUGAUAGUCUCAGUGACAAUGAAAACUCCUUCAGGCUACCAGCUCGGAAAGCCAGCACACCGUACAGAAGUGGUUUAACUCCAGGAGGAAGCCGUCCGUCAAGCAGGCCAGCAUCCAGACCAGCAAGUAGACCGAGCAGUAGGCCAGUUUCCAGACAAGGUAGCAAGCCUCCUAGCCGUUAUGGAUCAACACAAUCACUCGACAGUACUGAUGAAGGUACUCCAAGUCGCAUUCCGCGUAGAACUGUGGGAACCACGGGUAAUACGCCAACAUCCAGUCGCCAUAACAGUAUUUCUGGCAGACGACUCGGAGCCCCAGUUAAUGGCUCUAGCUCUAGGCCUCGAACACCUACCGGACUCAUCAGUCCAGCUGGUGGUGUGACGUCAAGGUUUGGCUCGAUUCAUCGAGCGUCGAGUAUACCAACCCUCUCUGGUGUCGGAACACCAAUUAGCCGCUCUAGGAUUCCGGUUUACGUUGGACCGGAUAUAAAAUCCCCCCAGUCUACGAUGAGCAAUAUUUCAACUCAUUCAACACAAAGCAACCAAUCCACUAUUUCUACUGAUUCCACUGGGAGCAGCUCCAUCCGUACAAGUUCAGCAACUAACAUCCCCUCGACCGUCAAGCAAACUACUAGAACACGGACACCAUCGAGUGGGUCAAGUACACCACUUCCACCCACUACCAAGCUGACACGAAAACCUUCUGGGGCUUCGGACACAUCCGUGUCAUCGACCCCAGGUACAAAAAAAGGCAAAGCUCCUACACCGAUUGAGCAAAGAGCUCCGUUCAGGCUUUAAUCCACACAAAUAAUACAUAUAUCUGCUCUCUCAACGCAGAAAGAUUGUAGACCAAUCAUUCAAUGCUUAUAAAUUAUGUCAAUUCUGGUAAAAAGUCUGAAAUUGAUGAUUCCAAGUUCUACGGUAUCGAAUCAAGUGUGAAUAUUAACAAUUGCAAUGAUCUAAAUUAAUUACAAUAGACUUUUUACCAUGAAAACCAAUCGUGCGAUUUUCGCGACUUGAGAUCAUUGUAGUAUUUCAACUGCUUGUACUCUCUUUGUCCGUAAAGAAUUGUAAAAAAAAAAAAAAACGGAACUUGAAAAUUACGUACUGUUAAACGCAAGGUAUUCAAUAUUAGGCUGAUAAUGACAAAAAUUAGAUAAUUAUAAAAUAUAUCGAGGCAUAAUACCUUUAUCAAGAAUCUGAUGAUUGCGUGAAUUAUAUUAAAAAUAUAAUUGGGGUAAACGCGCAUUUCGUCAGUUAUUACUUAAUCUAAUUGAUAUCGUAUCAGCUUUGCAGAAUCCUCGUUAAAAAUGAUAAUUCAUUAUCUUCAUAGGUAAAUAAUCAGUUGAUUUGGUUUUGACACCUCGAGCUUGAAAUAGUUAUUCUUAUUUAUUUUAGAAUACUGGAAAAAAAAAUGAUUCAUCCAAUACAUGUGAUGUAUUAUGAAAGUAAUUACUUUGCACUAAGAUUUUUGGAAAUAGUUUGUCUUGUGGGUUUUUAUACACGAUUUACAUUACUUUAUUUCGAAGUGACGAUUGUAUGGUAUUACGUUUGUAUGCAUAAGUGUGUCAAAGCCUUGGAUAAGCGUAUAGAAGAAGAUUACCUAUUGUUACAUUGCAAUUUUCAAAUAAUUAUGUCAACUCAGUAGCGUAUUUUUAAAGUUCGACUAAAAUUAGUUAGAUAGGUAGUAAACGAACUGUAAUUAACUGUACUCUUUUUCUUGAAGUUUCGGUUCGGGGUAUUCAAAAAUUAAACAUCUAUUUUACGGAAACUUCUGUAUGGAGUACAGUUCUUACAUUUUGUUGUAUAUUAAUUUUAACAAAUUAACUCAUUAAGUCUGGCGCACUCACGUUCUUCUUCGAAGAGUUAACUUUAACAAAUUAAAUCUAGGUAUUCUAUAUAUUUUUUUUUAUAAGCGUAAUAAUAUCAAUAAUUCUCCUAAUUUUAUAUUAAUAUAUUUACAGAAUAUUAUUUAAUGCCAUUGUUUUUGUUCGGUCGCAAAUAUUUGUAUCUAAAUAUAUUUAUAGACAUUUACGUAGAAUGACUUUUUUUUUUCUUUAUUAUUAUUUUAUUUUCAAUGCUUUUUUUCGAAGAUACGUGACUGCUCAAAACUGAGAAAAUGGAAGAAAAAUAAUUGAAAUAACUACGAAAAGUAUAAGAAACAAGUUUAAUGAAAACUUACUAAAGAACAUUAAUAUAAUUAUUAUGGGAAAGAGAAUUUAUUAUGUACAUAUUGGUUGGUUCUCUUAACCCAGUGUGAAAUUAUUCACACAAAAAAAAAAAAAAAAAUGAAUAAAGAAUACAAUGAUUAAAUAAAAAUAAAAGAAAAAACGAAAACAACAGAUACGAUUCGAGCACUUUGAUGCCGAAGUGAGAAGAGAGAUGAAAAGAAAUUAUGUGAAAAUCAAACUUAGCUUUACGUUUACGUGGCACAAAUUAUCGAAAUGAUUUGUUCGUAACUGCGUUAUGGCGCCGCAUUGGAACGACAUCAUAACGCCAACAUUGGCAGAGAUAUUGCUAGAUUUACGCAUUAGUUAAGACAAAACGGUUUUGUCUGAGACAGUAGAAAAACGUGCCUGCCUGUGCGGUUUUAGAUAAAACCAAAAAAAAAAGACAUUUCCAAUUUUUAUAUACAAAUAUUAAUAUAAUAGAAGAAAAAAAAGAACCCUAAUAUUAUUAUCUAAUAUAAUUAAUGUAUUAACAAUCAUUAUUAUUUCUAUAAUAUUUUGUUUUGCCUUAUUGUAAAAUUCUGUAUCGUCGCUAAUAACGCUGUGAAAAAUAUAUAUUUAAAAAUA